GGGUUAACUUUCCUUUCUGAGCUCUAGUCCGUCGGGGCGGGGGGAGGUUACAGCAUAGCCUCAUUUUGGUGCUUGUGUCCCCGCCACUGAGGUGAACACGUUGCCGUCUAGCCAGCCAUUCGGGGAUUUAGUUGUGUAACUGUGAUUUAAAAUUGUUAGCUUUAUGGAAUUGUAUGCAUAGGUAGGUGUGGUGGUAGCACUUAGCUUUAGCUUUAGCUCGCUACUUGCUAACAGGCCAAGAAAAUGGUGACACUCACAGGAAGUGAACAAACUUUAAAUGCCAAAAUGUAAGCAAACGAAAUAUUACUAGUGUCAGUAUGUAAAAGAUGUGCUAUAAAUGAAUUAUCAGUCAUGGAUAUGGAGAAGGGGUAAGAUUAAGUGAGCUCUGCUUCUUCCUACUCCUUUUCGGACAUGAUGAAUUGUGCAAAUGUACAAAUAAACAACAAAUACACAAUACCACACAUUUAACAUCCAUAAAAAAGGAAACUGACUGAUGCAGUUGUUCACUUGCAUUACUUUGGCCUCUCUAGUGUGUCAGCAUGUGUUUUAAAUAUUGCAGACUUUGUGGCAGUGGAAGUGGUGUGUGUGUGUGGGGGGGUGUCAGCUAAGCAGUGUCAGAGUGUUUAAUGGGGCACAAGGGGGCCACAGUGCAAAGGUCAAGUAGUGGCAAUUAACUUUCUUUUAUGCUUCCUGGAUGUUGUGGUGACCCCCACUGACCCGCCAGGAGGAAAAAGGUGGCGUGUCGGGUGUCCUUGGGUGACAUCUCAAUGCUUGCGAGUGUUUCAAGCGGAUCCUCGCAUGCAUUGUCUCCGUUUAUUCUAUAAGACCUUUUGUGCAAUGGAAAACGCAAUCUCAAAAGUGUGCUAUCAGCAUUCAUUCUUUAAUAGGCACAAUGCUUGUUGUCAUGGCAACUGUCUGCUUAUUAUUCAUGCGACGGUGCAUAUUUACACCUGGAAGCGACACAGGCGUCUUAAUGUCAGCAGCGCCGUCUGUUCACUUGCUCACUUGAGGCCACGCAAAGUGCAAAUACCACGUGGUGUGUUAAUGGGGGAUUUUCACCUCUUGUAGUACAUUUUGGCAUCUGUUUCAGGGGUCAAACCCAAGCUGUUUAGGCUCUGUCUGUAUGUAUACCAGGAUGUAAAUGUGUGGAUUGCUAUCUUAUCUUGAGGUUUGAUUAGGUGAUGGGACAAAUGCACAUUGAAAAGUAAUAUUUAUAUCUUUAAUUACUGCUAAUAUUCAGUAUUUAGGAACUAUACCGUGUCGCUCUUCUGUCAGUUGGCUGUGUUGAUUGUUUUUUUUUUUUCUAGACUUGAGGCGUUCAAAGUCCAGCUCGGGGGGACAUUUGCGUCACGUACCUCAUUUUUUAUUGUGCCGCUGCAUAUCCAUCCAUCCAUUUUCUAUGCCGCUUCACCUCAUUAGGGUCGCGGGGGUAUGCUGGAGCCUAUCCCAGCUGACUUAUUCUAAAUACAAAUGUACACACGGCCUCCCAUCAGAACAAUUCCGGGUCUAUCCACACGAAAACAUUUUCGGGUCAAAACAGCAAAUAAUUUUUAUCAUUUCAGCCUCUCAUCCACAAGGGAACGGCGUUCUGAGUGACCUGAAACAGUAUUUCUUGAAAACAGCUUCCAGAGUGGGAAAAUCUGAAAAUGCCAGCUUGUUGUUGCUAUGUAAACAGGCAAUACGAGACCGAUGACGUCACCGACCCACCGCCGCCUCGUCGCCAUCACGUGACCAGAAGUGAGCUUUGAUGACAAGCCAGCGUGUCGGAAUAUUUCGAGUGUAGUAGUAGUAGUAGUAGUAGUAGUAGUAGUAGUACUUUAUUAAUCCCACAGCAGGGAAAUUCAUCUGUUACAGCAGCAAGCAAGAUACACAAGUAUGUACACAAGUAAAGAAUGCAUAGUCAUAGACAAUGCAUGCAAUGCAUAGACAUAGUGAAUACAAAAUGGUUCAGGUGUUGUAGAGCCUGAUAGCGGUCGGUAUGAAGGACCUGCGGAACCUCUCCUUCUUACACCGUGGGUGUAACAGUCUGCUGCUGAAGGAGCUGCUAAGGGAACCCACAGUGUCAUGUAGCGGGUGAGAGGUGUUGUCCAUGAUGGAUGUCAGCUUAGCCAACAUCCUUCUCUCCCCCACUUCCUCCACGGAGUCCAGAGGACCGUCCAGGACAGAGCUAGGUCGCCUGAUCAGUCUAUUUAUCCUGCUCCUGUCCCUGUCCGUGCUGCCCCCUCUCCAGCAGCCCACAGCAUAGAAGAUGGCUGAGGCCACCACAGAGUCAUAGAAGGUCCGUAAGAGAGUCCUGCACACACCAAAGGACCUCAGUCUCCUCAGCAGUUGGAGGCGACUCUGGCCCUUCUUGUAGAGGGCGUGGGUGUUGACGGACCAGUCCAGUUUGUUGGUAAGGUGAACACCCAGGAAUUUGUAGCUGUCUACCAACUCUAUGUCCGCUCCCUGGAUGUUCACCGGUGUGAAGUGGGAUGUUUUCCUCUGGAAGUUAAUGAUCAUCUCCUUUGUCUUGCUGGUGUUGAGUUGCAGAUGGUUAAGCUCACUCCAGCUGACCAAGUCCCUGAUGACCGUCCUGUAUUCCAGAUCAUUCCCCUCUGAAACACAACCAACGAUGGCUGUGUCAUCGGAGAACUUCUGGAUGUGACACUGUGGGGAGUUGUGUGUGAAGUCCGAGGUGUAGAGGGUGAAGAGGAAAGGGGAGAGCACCGUACCCUGAGGGGCACCUGUGCUGCAGAGUACAAUGUCAGACACACAGUGACGGAGCCUCACAUACUGUGGUCUGUUGGUGAGGUAGUCUAUAAUCCAUGCAGUCAGUUGUUGGUCUACUCCCACACUCUCCAUCUUCACUCUGAGCAGUGACCGCUGGAUAGUGUUAAAGGCACUGGAGAAGUCAAAAAACAUGACCCUCACAGCGCUCCCGCUGUCCUCCAGGUGUAGCAACACCAGCAGUAGCAGGUGUCAUCACUCACCGUCCACAUUCUCCCUUUUCUUUUCUUAUAUUCUCAAGUGCAUCUGUUCUUUCUUCUUCUAUGGUUUGGUGUGUCACGUGGUUCCGUCUGCGUAUGUUUUCACAGAGCCACAUGUAGGUGUGCCUUGUGUAUUACACCUUUUUCACUCAGUUAUUCGUUCAGUCUGGAUGCAACUAUUUACUAAUCCGGCACAGUGUGGAAAAAAUAAAAAUCCCAGGAGCAUUCCCGUGUGGACAGGGCCCCAAACACACGGUGUUCCGUGUUUCGUCGUUUUGUGGUCAUGUACGCGCACCCAUAAAUGAAUUGAAAACGUAAUUUUGGUGCAUAAACACGAGACCUGCUCGAGAACUAGUUACAGAUCAACAAUCUUUUUAUUGCAAAAAACAAAACCGGCUUCUGUGGAGCGAACCACGCCAAAACAACAUCAGCAAACCCAACUGUCCUCUCUGCACGCAGCCACACACACAGUCAGGGCACAUACCGCAUUCGGAAAUCACAAAACUCUUUGACACUAAAGUACAUGUAACUGCCAGGUCGCUGAUCCUCUGAAAGCAGUGUAGAUGUUUAAUAACGUAGCAGUGUAGUGGUCUUAAGGCUGAAUCAUGCUCCUGCACUACAUCUGACGCACACUUGCAAAAAAUUCCAACCUCGUGUCAAUGCUGAUGCGGACGGCAGAGCUGCGAUGGGUCGGCAUUUCUGCAUGCGUCAUUUCCCUCUCGCGGGAAGUGCCAAAAGGCCCGCAAUAACAAAAGAAACAGAGCAAGUUGAGGAGACAUUGCGAUCUCGAAUCACGCGAACACAUGUCUCAUGCGCAUCGACUGUUCCAAAUCAUCAAUCUGACACAUCAUUUGCGUUAUAUGCCAUCUUGGUCAUCAUUUUUCUUUUUAUAAGGCAUCCACUGUCUCUUCCAGCUCAACCACUUUUUUCACAAAGUGAUGCAGAGUCAUUCCUCACUUCCUUAAUGUGUUUUGUUAAGGACUUGAUGUCAUCGUGCUGCUUAUCUAACUUGCCUCCCACGUCGAUAGGUGAAGGUGAAGAGCAUCAAAUAAAAACGGCCCCUGCACACUUAAUUUUUCUGUAUGUAGCCCACAGUGGAAAACCUUUGGACACUUUUGGUCUCGGCUGUCUGCAGUGCAUAGCAACAGUAGUGAGAAGUUAUCGUACACAUUGCAAGCGCCCACCAAGUGCUGCUAACAAACGUUACCAUUAAAAGCACCAAGGCAGGCAGAAUGUGUGAAGGCAGGAAGCUGUAAAAUGGAAUUGAAUAGUUCCAUUUCAAUAUGCAGUAGGAGCGCUAUAAAUAGGCCAUGUUUACUCUCACACGUGGUCUUAUUUCCACUUGCCUCCCUUCCAUCACAAAUAAUUAGCUGCUGUAAAGCUAACAAAUUCAUUAUGACAAAGUGCCAACGGCCUCUCCGUCCUCGACACGGCACUCACGUGGGUGCCGGGCACAGGUCCAGCGCUCGUUUAGCUCACUUCUCUCAGCCCAGUCUCGCAUUCUUUUAAUGAGGAGUUUGCGUGUGAAUUUUUAAACAGCAGUGGAGCUUUUUGGCAACUGAGGUGCAUCAACGCCAUGCGAAUCUUAAAUGAGCACCUUCCAUCAGCAGCAAUAUUUCAAAUAAAUCUUAUUGAUUGCGUUGUAUUCAGGGCAAAACACCAAGGAUUCAUACUAGUAGAGCAGGAGAUGUCCAAACCACCGACCACUUUUGGUGACGUAAAAUUUGAUAACUUAACACAGCAGCAUUAUAACAACUACAUUUAAACGUGCACACAGUUCGCUUUUGGUUGUGUGGACAGGCUGACAAUUGUCAGCAUUCACGUUCUUGCAGGUUUUUGUUUUUCCUCUGAAAAUAGGCCAUUUUUUCCCCACAGAAAACACAUCUCAUUCACCUUAAAGGGUCACUGACAUGAUUUAUCAACUUUGCUUUAAUAUGCUCUAUAUUGUUUGUAUUACGAUCUACGUUUUUUUGUUGUUUGCCGCAGAAAAGGGGCAUUUCCGGAAGUGACGUCGGCGAAGGGUCAGCUCUCAUCUUAGGCAGAGUAAACAAACAUGGGAGGAUGGACCAGAUAGAAGAUGUUUACAGUGAUUAUAGCAAAGAUUUGAGCGAUGUGUCAAUAGUUUUCGAGGAGGCAGAAGCAUCUGGAGAUGAAAUAGAGAACUUGCAGAACACGGAAUUAAGCCGUAUUUAUACGAUUUGAUACGAUACGAUACGAUUUGUAGCGGAGGUGUCCGAUGACAAAGACAUGCAGAUAAAGAUUGGUCAGCUUCAAACACAAAAUGGCAAGUGUAAACUACCUUGGAGUUGCUUAUCCUAUAAUUAUUAUUUUAAAUGGGCUUCUUAAUGAGCGUAAAGGGAGCCUUUUUUUGUUGUGUAGUUUGUCUCCGCCCUGCCUCCCACCGUCAACAUAUGGCAGUGAAAGUAUGUUUUAUAACAUGUACAAUGCUUUGAAUGCUUGUCGUUAUGGUGGCAUACUGUUUAGAAUACAGUAUGUAAAUAAGACAUGACUUACUGUGUGUUCUGUCGCGCCAUGUCCUGUGUUGCAUAGCAUCAGGAGUAGCAUGCAAAAGGCGUUUGUACCGUACUUUCAAGCUAAAUGCUUCUUGUAAAGGUGUUUCUUCAUAGCAGUCCAUUUACCCCUUGUCUGACUUGCUUCGUUCACUGUAGUCUUAAACCUUCUUCUUUUGGAAAAGAAAACAAACUUAGAGUAUCACUCGGACACUGUGAACAGCCAGCGGGAACACAACGUUUUUGCAUGAAAAAUAUAGCGAAUGAAGUCAGCGGGCUGCAUCUUGAAGGGUUUGUUUACUAGGCGUUUGCUGAGAGCUGCUCCUUUGCCGACAUCACUUUGGGAAACGGCCUUUUUCUAAGGAGUUGAGACCAAAAUGGCGCCCACACAAUUUUUAUUUUUAUUUUUAUGAAUUUAACAUUUGCUUUUUUUUUAAAAAAAACAAAUAAUUUAAAACAUAAUUGCAAACAAUAUAGAACAUAUUUAGGCACAGUUGAAAAAUCAUGUCAGGGACCCUUUUUAGUUGAUAAUAAUUUAUAAAUAUGUGACAGUUAACCAUAAAAUGUAUAUCAAUUACAGUUUUUUACUAAGUAAAUAUUGACUGUGUUGUGACUUGGUUUGCAGGAUUAGCCACAGUAGACUGAAAUGAGAACUGCAUUUUAUUUAUUUAUUUAGAAAGAAUUCAGUUAUUCUUUAUUUAUUUUAAAUACAUAUGUUCCACUUACAUCGUGUUCUCUUAUGUCGUUUAAAAAUGACUGUUUUGACUUGACUUUUUUGUCUUUUCAAUAAAGAUAUUUCAAAAUAACACAUUUCAGAGCCAUAAUACCGUGAAACCAUCAAACCGUGAUAUUUUUGCCCAAGGCUAUCAUACUGUUGAAUCUCAUACCAGCCUAUGCCUACACAUAGGUGCGUGUGGCUUCAGCAAGAUUAGCUUCUACAGUAAACGCAUAAAAGUCCUGAAAACUUGCAGUGAACACAAGUUAAUAUACGCUGAUAAGAUUACAUUAUAAGAAUAUUACUAACUAUUAUGAGAAUAAAGAGAUUAUUUAAGAAUAAAGUUGAAAUAUUUGGAAAAUAAAAAAAACAGCAAAAUUGGAGGAAAAAGGAUCAAAGAGUGAAGCUGAUACUAAUAAUGGGCUUUUUCACCUAUAUGACAAAGCUGAGAUGCAGUUUUGUCUUGAAAUAUACUGUAUAUAACUUUGUAGCGUAUUUACAUGUGUUGCUUUACAAAAUAUCAAAGUUGCGUCCUUCAUUUUUCACUAUGUGUCCCUUGCUGGAAGAAGUUUGGGCACUUCUGGUUUAGAGUAUGAGUUUGUGAAAAAUAUUCUCGUAGAAUUAAAAUAUCCUACUUUAUUUGUAUGUGAAACCAAAAUAAAGCGUGGAAGGUGUUCAUUCUUACACAGAAUCUAUUAUUAAGGACGGGUUAUUUCAUGUCGGGUUGGGUGUUGGUCCACUUUUGAUCACAGCUUGUUGUGAUGUGUUACUGUGACGGUGAAAUAGACGCAUUAUAUAAGCGACUUUCUUUUGACCGAGCGGUGGGAAAGGGAAGUAGGCCAAAAAGCAUCCUAACACUUUGUUUGAAGUAAGACCCCGUGGUGCUGGGCACAGCGUUAUGGCUCAGACGCUACAGAUGGCGAUCCCCAACUUUGGCAACAAUGUCCUGGAGUGUCUGAAUGAGCAGCGUCUGCAGGGCCUCUACUGUGACAUCUCUGUGGUGGUCAAGGGACACGCCUUCAAGGCCCACCGUGCUGUGCUGGCCGCCAGCUCCUCGUACUUCCGGGACCUGUUCAACGCCGGUGGGAAGAGCUCGGUGGUGGAGCUGCCGCCUGCCGUGCAACCACAGAGCUUCCAGCAAAUUCUAGCCUUCUGCUACACGGGCCGCCUCAGCAUGAACGUAGGCGACCAGUUCCUGCUCAUGUACACUGCCGGCUUCCUCCAGAUCCAACAGAUCAUGGAGAAGGGCACAGAGUUUUUCCUCAAGGUCUCGUCCCCGAGCUGCGACUCACAGGGUCUCCACACGGAAGAGACGGAGCCCCAGAGUCCGGUCACACCAAUGGUGGGAGGGGCCGGUGGUCCCCCGGCUUCCGGCAGACCUGCCUCUUGUCUGACACCCCUCCCCUUGGUGCACAAGGUGAAGACGGAACAGACGGCCGCUACACCUCAGCCUCAACAGACGGAGGGAUUCCCCUACUCUGUGGUCUGCAUCCCAGUGGCCAAGCGACUGUGGGAGGGGGGAAACCGUGACGGUGGAGGCGGUUCUGGAGCGGCAGGUGGCCAAAGGAAGGCCCCUCGCUAUUCUUCCUCGUCCUCCUCUUCAUCGUUCUCCUCUAGCACCGCUACCCAGGAGGCCUCUGGGCAGGGUGUACUGGCCUCCAAUGCACCUCCAUUGCCUGGUGGCGGCGGAGUCAGUAGUAACCCCAACAGCAACAAUAACAACAGCAGCACCGCCACCACCAACAACAAUCAAAAUGGUGGGACCCCUGAAGGGACAAGUCCGGGCACGUUUAGCUUGUACACCAGCGACUCGCCCAUCAGUUACCACGACGACGAGGAAGAAGACGAGAUGGCCGAUGAAAGCGCAGAGGAACAGUACAGACAAAUCUGCAACAUAUACACCAUGUACAGCAUGCUCAACGCCAACACUGCAGUGACAGGGGAAAAGGUGGAGGCUCUGCCAGACGCUGCCCCGGACUCGGGUGGUGGGCGAGGGGGUAGAGGUGGACGGGCCAGACAGGAGCUGGCAUCGCUGCCGUCCGAGCUCAUCAGCCAGAUCGGCAACCGCUGCCACCCGAAGCUCUAUGAGGAGGGCGACCCUGCCGAGAAGCUGGAGCUGGUGAGCGGCACCUCGGUGUUCAUCUCGCGCGCCCAGCUGAUGAACUGUCACGUCAGUGCCGGCACCCGCCACAAAGUCCUGCUCAGGCGACUGCUCGCCGCCUUCUUCGACAGGAGCACUCUGGCUAACAGUUGUGGGACUGGCAUCCGCUCAUCCACCAAUGAUCCGAGCCGCAAGCCGCUGGACAACAGAGUGCUGCACGCCGUCAAAUUUUACUGUCAGAACUUCGCGCCAAGCUUCAGGGAGAGCGAGAUGAACGCCAUCGCCGCCGACAUGUGUACCAAUGCCCGCCGCGUGGUCCGCAAGAGCUGGAUCCCCAAACUCAAACUCCUGAUGGCCGACAGCGACGCCUACUCCACGUUCCUCGCCGACAGCGUCAAGAUGGAGGCCGAUGGGCUGGGCGCAGAGCAAGGCUUCGACCAGGCCUCCUUGGACGCCGUGGCGGCUGCGAGCGCCAACAGUAACGAAGCGGGCGGCGGAGCCACGCCAGCAGACGCCCUCCAGGGGGCAGGAGGAGAUGGCAGCACUUUGUUUUGAGUGAGUGAACUGACAGACCAAUAUUUGGACAGAUGGGGGGGGGGGGGGGGGGGAGGUGCGGCGAUGAGGUUUUUCUGGUGUCGCUGCUUCUGUCUGUUUGGGGAUUUUUUUUUCUUCCUUUGUAUCUUCACCUGCUUUUACCUUCUUCGACGUAUACUCGCUUGCCUCGAUGUUGUCCCUCCUAAAGUGUCCGUGACAGGAGGUGGAGCGCCCCCAAAACCCCCCUCGCCCCUCUGCAUGUUGUCAUUGAGGUUCCUCUCCUGCCAAAAUCUGACAUUCUCGGGAGAGGCGUGACCAAGUCACAUGUCCGCUAACACUGUUGCUGUCAUACCGAAUGUAUGAGUGGGUGACAGGCCCAGAAGAACGACGUGAGUUUGUUUACUUUAAACUUUAAAUGUGUGCUAUUCCAAUAAGACUCCUGCGGGAGCGUGUUUCCAAUAUUGGUCAAAGACCUGCGCUACUUCCUGUCCUCUGGGAUCAGCUGAUUCCUCAGAGAAAUGUUUGGGGGGGGAGGGCCACGAAAUGAUCGAUUUAUAACCUUUUUAAAUGUAAAAAUCCUCCCAAAAGGCGUGAGCAGCCAUGCGAGCAAAUCAAACCUUUUCUUGAUGAGGUUAUGAAUCCCGUUUUAGAUUUCUACAUCAGCGUUGCCAUAGAAACCAACUUCUCUAACUCUUUAACAAAUACACAGAACCUCAUCUCUUGCCUCCCAAACGUGGCAGCUUUCGUUCAAGGAGAUGUUUGGUUCUGUUGAGACAUGCAGCUGCGUUGACUCCGACUUUAAACACGACUGACUUUAUAAAUAUUUGGAUGGUAAACGUCGAGCACCUUACCGUGAGGGGUGGCAUCCCGAGUGUUGCUGUCACUCGUGGGACUGUUUAGCGUCACUGUCGUCUUUUGGACUUUUGCCGGUAGUAAAGCUGUCAAACUGAGCCAAACAGUGAAAUCACACAAUCGACCCCCCAAACUUAACCUUGAAGGCGCCGUCCAAUCGAGACUAGUGUUAUUUUGUAAUAUAUAUACAGGCCAGUGUUAUGUAGAAACAAUUUUUUGAGGAAAGCUGUUUACAAUUUGUCGUUUUUUUAUAUUUAAAUGUGAUUUAAGAGGCUUUAAGGCAGGAAGUUGCCCCCCAUCUCCCUUCUGCGCACACAUGGUACGAUUACAACUUACUGAAAGGUCCGUGGGAGAUAAUGGAAGAGUUUAGCCCCUUUCACACAGAGAUCCCAUUCAACUGCCACAUCAGAGCCGUUUAAUAGAACAUCUGCCUGUGCCUUUUAUACAGAACCCAACAAAAGCGCAAUAUUGCCGUACCCGCGUGCGCUUUCACAGACCGCAUCCCCACAAUCAGACAAUUGGAUGACGACAUCCGCAACUUCUGAUGUGACAUGAAAUCCUUCAAAUACAGCACAACGGAGCGUGCUGGUGCUGCCAUAAAAGAUGGAAUAUUUGGGGAACAGUUUUGUCCCCAGAUACCAGAGUGCCGUCUUUGGGUGGCAGCUUUGUGCGAAACAGGCUUUAAAGGGGACUGAGGGGACUUUCUUGAAGGGCAGUUUGCACAUUUUUUUAAAAAAGUGUCUAUUUGUUGUUUAAAACCAGCCACCUUGUUAAAUAGGACUUAUCCGCCGUUGCCAAAGGAGGGAAGACGAGGACAGUGA